AACUAUCACUUGCACAUGCGCAGGCUGAUCAUGUUUUCUGUCACCGAUCGUCUUGUAAAAGGCAGCGGAGCAGUGUGGGUUUUAAAUCUGCGUUGAUUCCUUCAUUUUUACGUUUGUACCUAUUCGUUUAGGUGUGACAAACUAAACUUUAUUCGUUCUUCGUGUCAGAAUGAACUAAACUCAGUGAACUUUGAAGCUUCUUCGGCGAACUUAACUCGCAACUUAGCUUAGCUUGUUAGCUGCUAACAAAAUACACCCGGAAGUUAUCAACACAUCGCUACGCAAAAUGCUGAGAGUGUUGGUUAAUUAGCGACUAACUGCGGCUGUGGGAGAAAUAUUUGUAGUGUUAUAAAGAAAGAUAGCAGAGUACGAGGGGGAACUUUCUCCAACAAAAGAGGAGAACUCGCGACAACGUCAACUACUGGACGCUGUUUUCAAGAAGCAUCAAGUUGUGUUACACAGAACAGACGUCUGUGAAGAACAUCUUCAUUCUGAGCAACAGGAGUGGACCUCCAGGAUGGCGCAGGAGAAACCACAGCCCCCUCACAUUAAAAAUGAAGAGGAGGAGCCACAUCUUACCCUCAUUAAAGAGGAAAAUGAGGAAUUAAAGCCCCCGCUCUUUAAAGACGAAGAUGAGGAACACCGUUUCAGUCAGAAUGAAGAGCAUCAUGAAGGACUGGAGGAGGUUGAUGUCCCCAAGAUGCCAUUGACUGGUGUCAUUGUGAAGAGUGAAGAUGAUGAGGUCAAAAGUGAAAGUGAGGAGAAGAGAGAGGCGGAGCCUCCAAGCAGCAGCUCAACUCAACACAUGACAACAGAAGCUGAUGGAGACCACUGUGGAGGAUCACAAGCAGACAAGCUCUUAGCUCCACUAUCAGAUAGUGAUGACACAACGUCACACUCUCCUCACACUGAUGAUGAAGACUCUGAAGCUGAUACAACAUGUCACACUGACAACACACACUUUAAAUGUUCUCACUGUGGCAAAACUUUUAAUCACCGUCGUAAUAUGAAAACACACAUGAGAAUACACACUGGUGAAAAACCCUUUUCCUGUUCAAGAUGUGGUAAGUGUUUUACACAGAAUAAUCAUUUGAAAAUACACAUUAGAACGCACACUGGAGAAAAACCUUUCAUCUGUUCAAUCUGUGCUAAAGGUUUUACACACAGUAUCAAUUUGAAAACACACAUGACAACACACACUGGCGAAAAGCCUUUUAUCUGUUCAGUCUGUGGUAAAGGUUUUGUACGAAAUACUGAUUUAAAAACACACAUGAGAACUCACACUGGUGAAAAACCUUUUGUCUGUUCAAUCUGUGUUAAAGGUUUUACGCAAAAUAAUGAUUUGAAAGCACACAUGAGAACACACACUGGUGAAAAACCUUUUAUCUGUUCAAUCUGUACUAAAGGAUUUACACAAAAUACUCAUUUGAAAACACACAUGGCAACUCACACUGGUGAAAAACCUUUUAUCUGUUCAAUUUGUGUUAAAGGUUUUGUACGAAACGGUGUUUUGAAAAGACACAUGAGAACACACACUGGAGAAAAACGUUUUAUCUGUUCAAUCUGUGCUAAAGGUUUUACACAAAAUAGUGAUUUGAAAGCACACAUGACAAUACACACUGGUAGAAAACCGUUCUCCUGUUCAAUCUGUGCUAAAGGUUUUGUACGAAAAGAUCUGUUGACAUUACACAUGAAAACACACACUGGUGAGGUAGUGUGAGUUGCAGUGUGUGAUGAAAAAUUCUCUUAAAAGUACCAGUGUAAGAAACACAAGUGAGAACAUCAGCAGCAAAUGAAGCUGCAGGACUUUAAAUAAACUGACAAAAUGUUGUUAACUUUGACUAUCUGACAACAUCGCCACUUGCAGUGCAUCAGGAAAUCACAGCGCUUCACUUUUCCCACAUUUUGUUUUGUUACAACCCUGAAUGGAAUAAAUUUGUUUUUUCCUCAGAAUUCUACAGACAAUAUGUUUUUUUUGCUAAUUUAUUCAAAUAAAAAAC